AUGGGUAAUGUAAUAUCACAUAUUCAAGUGGAUGAAGAAGUUGUAGAUACAACAAAAGAAGUUCAACUGGUUGUAGAUCAACAAAUAUUUAAAAAAGUAAUCAAGAAUAGAUACUUGACAAAUCUAAUCUUUAGUCAUGUUAGAGGUAUUCAUAGAAACCUUGUUAUCAAUUCAUUUCUCAAACCUGGUCAUAUAGAUAGUUAUGUUCAAGUAUAUGACUAUCUUGGACAAAGUUAUUGUAAUAAAAAGGUAUUCCCGAAAGUUGUCAAGGAAAAGGUAAAGAAUGCAAUAACACAAGUUCAAGAUAAUGGUCAAAUGAAAAAGAAGAAGAAAGGAUCAACCAUUGGAUUAUCAUUCUUUUCAUUUUAUGAAAAGGAAAUGGGACCAAAAGCAUUAUGUGAAGAUCCAAAUAUAGAUUUGGAGACAUUUAAACAACUCAUUCCAUUGGUACGUCCUAGAGCAAUCAACUCUAGAAAUACAACUAUUUUACAUUGGGCAAAUAUUAGUGGUAAUAUGGAAAGAGUAAAGUAUCUUGAAGAACAAGGAUACAAGGCAAAUUUAUGUCCACCAAAUUAUAAACCAGUACCAUCUAUCAAUGUUGAUGAAACAUUUACUAGUUAUGAUUCAAUCAAAUAUGAUCUCACUUGGUUGGGUGAUGAAAAAAGGUUUACCAAGAUAUUAGAUAGAUUAAAAAAUGUUUUAUUUAAAUCUAUUUAUCCAAAACCUCUACUCGGUGCAGACAACUUAUUUCAAGAAAGGUUAAAGGAUAUGUUUUAUCAAUACAACUUGUAUCGUGUUAGUCAAAACUUGGAUCAAAUAAUAGUACCAACUGCCGAUCUAUCCACCACAACUUUAUUCAACAAAAAAGAGUUAAAUCUAAUAUUUACAUUGUUGGUAGUACUAUUGAUAGAUCAAACUGUUAAUUAUCCAACUACACAAUUGACAAUUAAAAUGUUAAUACUUGCCAACAAUCCAAUUAUUACCAAUUAUUUCAUGGUCAUGGGUCCAUUUAGACAUUUGCCUCAGGGUUGGACAAGAGAUACCAAAAUCACUGCAAUGUUGGUUGACUAUUGUUCACUUGUUUCUCCAGAGGCUUAUGCAACGGCUGUUGAUAGGUUAUGGGCCAAUGAAACACCACAAGUAAUAGAAAUGAACCUCACAAGGGCAGUUCAUCAUGCAAUGUUAAACAAUCAAUUGACAACCUUUAGAAAUAUUUUACAAUCUGGUAAAUUUGAAAUAUCUUCUAUUGGUACGGUCAACCUUUGUCCACAAUAUUUUGACGAGUAUUUUAAUAUCGCUUUGGAAUUCUUUACCGACCCCAAGUAUAAUGAAAAUGCAAAUCAAAAGUUUUGGACCGAAAUUUAUAAAUUGGCAGCUUAUACAUCAAGAAAUCAUAUUUUAGAUCCAUUCUUUUCAAAUGAAAGCGUUGAUCAAUCUAGUAUACUAUUUGACCCAUUACAUAUCUUUGUAUUAUUAGAACAAUCUAUAAAUGGUGCAAAUUAUUCAUUGGCUAUGAAAAUUAAAGAUUCACCAUUAAUGAAUCAAUUACAAGCAAUGGAAUGUAUCUCUAAAUUUGCUCAAAAUAUUCCAACUCUUUGUGCCAAUAGAAUUAGUAAUGCAGUAGAUUUUAUUAUCACUUGGGAAGGUGGUAUAACAUUAUCAACUUGGAAACAAACAAUUUCAAAAUCAAUCCAACUUCAAAGAUUAGAUGUAUUAUUAAAAUUAGUUGAUGUAGGAAUAGUAUCACAAAACAAUCCAAUUAAUAUUGGUUGUAUUAUUAUUAGACAUACUGGAUUUAUAUUAGAAUGUUUGGAAGAGUUACCAUCAAAUUGUAUUGGUUCAGAAAUAACACUAAAAAAAUGGAGAAAAUUAAUUAGAAAGGCUAGAUCAUCAAAUUGCCUCAAUCUAAUUGCCAUCGUUCUUGAGAGAUAUUUAGAGUUAUGUAUUACUGAACAAAAGUAUAAGGAUCAGAUCAACCGUUUCCUAUCUCAAAAUAUCGCUUCCGCAAACCAAAAUAAAUAA